CUUUUGAUUUACUCGUUUCGUCGUUCCGGGCUGUAGUUUAUUGGUUCUUUGGCUCUGUGCUAAUUACAUGUAUACGUUUCUUUUCAGGUAUUGCUCCAGAUUCGUAAAGCGGUCUUGGGGGGAAAGCGGUGCAGACCCUGCUUCCUUGGCAUCCAAGUUUGCCUGGAAUCGUUCCACACUUUUCCUGCGACUUCCACAUAAACUAAUUCAGCAGGUACAGGUUGUUGCUGGUCUGGGAAUGGUUCCUGUUUUGCCAAAGCAUCUUGCAGACAGAGCAUGCAAGCUCUCGUUGCUGGGAACAGUCUUCUCCUUGGGAUUUUCUUUGUAUAGAGUCCUAUGGGAAACCAAAUGCGUUGAACAUGCCUGCAAUCUGUUUGUUGCAGUCUAUACUUGGAGCCAAGGACUUUUUCCAUUUGAUGUUCUCUGUGUUGCUUCUCACAUCUCAGAUGCAUUUAAAGAGUGGCAACACAACAUAGUUCAGACAUUGAUCUACUGGAAUUUGAAGAUGAUACUGUGCUCCUGUAACAUCAAGCUAUCACCAGAGCAGAUCGUCAACCCUUAAAUCCACAUCUACACUCCAUUCCUCGAAACGCCCAUCUCCGUGGUCCCACAGUAGUGGCUCAGGCAGCUAGACAUGAGGACCAAAUCAGGAUCUUGCA